AUGAGCGGAAAAAAGAAAGAAAACUCAUUUUCAAAUCCAGAUAAUGCGGAAUUACAGGCAAAUGCACCAUCGACGCCUCAAAAUGAUUCUGACAGCUCGGUGAUAGUACAACCAAAUAUCCAUAAUGAUAUUGAAAAUCAACCAACGGCAGAACAAAAGGGAUUCAAAGAAUCAGACGCUGGUGAUGGUACCAAAAAAGAAGACCAUUAUUUACACGGCGUACAAUUAAUCUUAUGUUUUUUAUCAUUGUUUUUAUGUUUAUUCCUUUUUGCCUUGGACCAAACCAUUGUUGUUACAAUCUUAACUACAGUAGGAACAAAAUUCGAUGCAUUUUCCAAAGUUGGUUGGCUUUCCAGUGGGUUCUUAUUAACCAUGGCUGUUUUCAUUCAAUUUUUUGGUAAACUAUCAAUUAUUAUUGGUCGUAAGUGGGCAAUGGUGAUUGCUAUUAUUUUAUUUGAAGCAGGGUCGUUGAUGUGUGCAUUGGCUAAUGACAUGAAUGUGUUGAUUGGAGGAAGAGUAUUAGCUGGUAUUGGAGGUUCGGGUAUCAAUAGUCUGGUUUUUGUUAUUGGGUCUGAAGUUGUCCCAAUCACCAGACGUCCAUUGGCAUUGAGUAUUUUUUCUAUUACAUUUGCUGUUGCUUCUGUGGUAGGUCCACUUAUUGGCGGUGCCUUUACAUCUAAAGUGACUUGGAGAUGGGCUUUUUACAUCAAUUUACCAAUUGGUGGGUUUGCAACUUUGGUAUUUUUGUACGCAUUCCGUCCACCAAGACCAAAAGUGAAUGUAAAACAACAAUUGAAACAGUUUGAUUAUUUCGGUACAUUCUUGUUGAUUGCUGGCUCUGUCAUAUUAUUAUUGGCUAUAACAUUUGGUACAUCUGAUUUCCCUUGGGAUUCUGCUGCAGUUAUUUCUUGUUUUGUUUUGGGCCCAGUUUUACUCAUUGCAUUUGUUGUAUGGAAUUUUGGGUUUUCAAAGAACCAAGUGAUUAGUACCGAAAUUGUCAAGGUCCCACAAAUUAUUGCUUCCACACUUGCAAUCUCUGGUAUAUUUUCUGCAUUUAUUAUGUUCAUGAUUUACGGGGCAAUCUAUUUUCAAGUUGUCAAAGAUGCAUCUCCCCUCAGUGCAGGUCUUCAUUUGUUACCAACAAUCAUAGCGGUUGUACUUUCGUCGAUGCUCUCCGGUUUAUUAGUGCAAAAGUUCAAAUUUGUUAAGCCAUAUAAUGUGAUUUCAGGAAUUUUAGGACCAAUAGGUUGUGGAUUGAUUACAUUAUUGGAAGUUGACUCGAAUUUUUCCCAACAAGUUGGAUUGUUAAUUAUACUUGGGGUGCUGGCUGGUUUACAAAUGCAACCAUCGUUUUUAUCAGCUCAAAUCAAGGCACCAAAGACUCCAUCAGGAAUGAUUAUGACAACUACUUUUAUCAAUUUCUCAAGAUCAAUUUUAUCAGCUUUUGGUGCAGUGUUGGCCGAUGCAGUUUAUACAACAUCAUUAAAGAACAUCUACUCUAAAGCCGUUAAAAAGGUCACAAAUCCAGUCAUUUUACAAGAUUUACAGAAAUUUAGUUUAAGUCAAUUGACUUCAUCAACAGCCUUAUUAAAGACAUUACACCCAGAGACUGAACAUUUUGUUAAAACCCAAAUCAUGAAUGCUAUUAGAAAUGUGUUUUAUAUGGCUAUUGGGUUUUCUGCUAUUACAUUUUUUGCUGCAUUCUUUGUUACCAAUGAAAGAUUACCGAAAAACGUCGAAAAACCAGAAGAACAAUCUAAUGAAAAAGAAACAAAAGAAAGUGAUUCAUCAGCUUCUGAUGUAUCUCAACCAAAAGAAACUGAAGAAGAUGAGGUAAGAAAUGAAGAGCCUGAGAGAAUUUAA